AUGUUGGAGGAAAAGCAGAACGGAGUCACCUCUCCUGAUUUUGAUGUCGCAGCCUUUAUAGAGACGGAGAAGAAAGCUCGCCGUGGGAAAAUAUCUGUGAAAGAGGCGGAUGCUUUCUUCGCCUCCAUGAAUCUCCUCAAAACGAUUCAUUACCAGUCCACCGUUACUCAAUUUUACCGUUUUGCAACUACACAGUCCUUUGCUUCUUCCUCUUCUUCUUCUCUGUUGUCACUCUCUCUACAAAGACCCAGAAUCUCUCUCGUUUCUACCUCCAACCGAAGCUGCUUCGCACUCUCGAGCGUCUCGAGCACCAGAGCUUCGAUUUCAGGUAAUCAAGAGGAUGGUAAGAAAGAAGAUGCUGAAAGAAACAGCUUCGUCUCGGUGGAGGAGGGAGAUAAAGUGGUAUACCAAAAGACACUAAGACUGGUGGAGUGCGCCAUGUUCGCUGCUGUCACCGGACUCGUUUACUUUCUCAGCAAUUCGCUCGCCAUUGAGAACUACUUUGGAUGUUUCUUCUCGCUGCCAAUAGUGAUAUCUUCGAUAAGAUGGAAUAUUGCAGGCGGCAGGAAGACAAUGGUUGCUACUGUCAUGCUUUUGUUCAUAUUAUCAGGUCCAGUCAAAGCAUUAACGUACUUUCUUACUCAUGGUCUUGUGGGACUCGCAAUUGGUUCAUUGUGGAGAAUGGGGGCAAGCUGGCGUCUCUCGAUUUUCUUGUGCACAAUGGUUCGAGCAUUGGGUCUCAUAGGAUAUGUUCUGACAUCAUCCUUCUUAAUAAGAGAAAACAUUCUUGCCGUGAUCACAAUUAACAUCCAUGCCUCUCUCUCUUAUGUUUUCACUGCCAUGGGCCUGAACAUAAUGCCUUCAAUGAGCCUCAUUUAUAUAAUAUUCGGAACAGUGCUGUUGCUAAACAGUGGAUUCUUUGUCCUGUUGCUGCAUCUCCUCUACUCAAUCUUCCUCACAAGACUCGGAAUGAAAUCUUCCUUGAGAUUACCGGCUUGGUUAGACAAAGCAAUUUGAUGGUAUUCAGAAUCUCUUCCUCUUUUUUUCAGCUCCAUGAGAUGCCCCACAAACAUAGUUGGUGAUAUAUGUAAGACUUGUGUAGGGCUGACAUACAAUACAAAUCCAAACCCAAAAAAAAAAAGAAGUUUACAAUCUGAUCGGUACUGUAAUUUUUCAUAUCUAACACACCGAAAACCGAACCAAACCAUAAUCAUGAACUCCGUUGAAUGUGAGUCGCCUAGGUCCACUCUUCAGGUCAAUGGAGAAGACUGAUCAAAGGAACGCAUCACACAUGUAUGAUCCCCAUUGAUAGCUGUAGCGUGUCUGUUAAAGAAUGAACAAGUGUUGCAGCCAAGUACAUUGUUCUCAUUUCAAUAACUCUUGCGUUUUCCUUAAAUCAGUCUUUCUUUUGUUAAUAAAGUUGCAUUUUGCAUUGGUAUUCUUACUUUGUCUGUG